AACAAACAGCCAGCCAUCUUCCCAUCUUGCAUCUCAUCCCCAGCGCCACCAUGCUCCUCGCCCUGCUCCCUAUCCCCUCCGCCCUCAUUCUUCUUCUACUUCUCCUCUAUCACCUCACACCUCUCCUCGCACUCGUCAGCAACCUUCCCAUCCCGCUUCACAAACUAUCAAUGAUCAUCCCUCAUCCCAAAAGGGCUCGUAACUUGCCUCGCGAAUUCUUCAACUUGCCUCCUCGCCCCGGCAGCCCCAACGGAGACUCAACACUGACAUUGCGGGAAAUCGGUUCUCGACUGGGAGUCAGAGGCAAGUUGAUGUUGCUAUUGAUCUGUGAAGCAGCCAUCAGCCUUAUGGCCGGAUGGAUCGUCCUCAAAUUGGGUGUAGAAGGCAGAGGUAAUGGGGUGUGGGCCGCAGUAGCAGUUAGCAUGAUGCUCUUACCAGGCACUGCUGCCUGGCUCGCAAUUUUCGUGAUGCUAUCGAGGCCAGCACAUUAUGAUCGACAUGCAAAGAGUCGCCUUUCCGGGGUUCGCAGGGCCAUCUUUGGGGUCGGAGGCAUAUCUCACUCGACCUUAUACCAUCGUAUUUUACCCUUGUCCUCUGCAACCACGUGUGUGGGAGUCAUUCUGGCAGGUGUGCUUGGCGAUUAUUCAGCGAGGUAUGUCAUCCUUGCGUGGACAGCGACCUAUAUUGCAAUCCUCGUCGGCUGUGGCGCUAUGGGCCUAUGGCAGAUGGCGCGCACGCCUAGAAAGGGUAUGAUUCGGUUGCGCGGCGAGAGUAGGAUGAGCAUGUAUGAGGAGAAAAAUGAUUUCAUUCUUACCGAAAAGGGAGAAGAGGGGCUCAGAGCGGGAGCUACUUGUCUGGAUGGAAAUGCGAAUGGGAUGGAACGACUGAAAAGAAGUGACAGCUGGGUUUCCUCGCCUUCACGCCGCCAGACUCUUCUUUCUUCUUUCGAAUACUCAUCCGAGACAGACGCUGCGUCUUCGUAUAGAACCCCCAAAAGCAAACUUUCCUCCUCGUCAUUAAAGGCACCGCAAUUUGAACAGCAAUAAAUUGUCUCACCCUCAUCCUUCCAUUAUCCCUCGCCAGAUCGUCAGAACAUCUCCAACGAAGGAUCAUGGUUAUCCCAUGAUACAAACAGCCAGUCCACCAUUUCAGAAUGGUCGUUCCCUUCCCCUGAGCCCGCCGUAACACGACCCCGAUCAUCAGCUUCCCCAGCUAUCAAUGCCAAUCUUCCCAAACCUGGUCAGACCCGAAUGCAAGUGGGCCCCAAGACCUCAGAUGCAACUACCUACACCGGUACCCUUACUUCAACCCCUGGGUCGGCCAUCUGUUCUCCAGAUGGUUCAAUGCUGGCAGCCUAUUCUCCAGAUCCAUUCCGACCUAUGCCGCGAGGCUUCGAGUCUCUUACUAGUUACCCUAUUUCCACUUCGCAAUUAGCGGAGAGCAGGAUAAGCUUAGCUCCGUCCAAAGUGACGACUCCCAUGGACGCGAUCGGCAAUGUUCCAAUCGAGAUGGCAUCCGCUAAACAAUCGUCCACUUGGAGAACCCAGAAUUAUCAAUCUUUCAACCAGCCUGCGGCUAGCGGCACCACUCUGGCCAAUUCACUCGACUUCAAAACACCAGCACGCUCCCGUAUCAGUGUAACGGACCAUCGUGCACCUCCACCACCACCAAUCCCCAGUAACAUGCCGCUUCCGCCAACACCGACGUUUGCGAGAAGCAGUACUUUGUGGGAGAUGAGCUCAAGCAUGCACGGGAAGGAGAGCAUGGAAAUGUUGUUAGGAGGAGAAGAGGAGGUAUGGGUCCCUGUAGAUGAGCAGGUGGCUGGUGCUGAGAGAUGGGGUGUUUCGGGAAGAGGAGUGGGCAUUGUUGCUGUGGUUGGGAACGUUGCUUGUUUCACACUUGGCCUCCCUUUUCUCCUCCACCACGGACGCUUCACACAUAUCGCACGCGUUCUUUACCUCGUCUCUCUCCUCUUGCCCUCCCUUUUCUUGCUCCUUACGUCGUACAUCUUGAGAUACAGACUCUCCAAAAGCGUCUACCACCGCGCCAUUAAGGGCUCAACAAAGUCAGCAUCCACUGGCGUCACAGGCCACAAAUCUCUAGCGUUGAUAUCGGAGUCCCAGCUCUCUCUCCCUGUGUCUAUCUCGCCCAAGCUCACCCCUCCUCAGGCUAAGCUUGGAUCUGUAUCCGAAAUCCACAACACCAAACUAAACAUAUCAAGGCUGGCCCAUCGAAGACCCUCGCUCACUACUUAUGUGGCUGCUGACAAGGACGGCUCGUUAAGCCAUCCAGGACGCAUAACUUUUGCAGACCGUAGCCCUAAGCGUCGACACACAGUAUAUGGUAAUUUUACUAUGCGGGACUUGGAAGCUGAGGAGGCUAUGAGGAAAAGUUUAUCAAGAAAAAGCUGUGAUGUUUGGAUUCAAAACGGACAUGCCAUUGAGGGUGGAGGAUUCAUGUCCCGUGCGGCGGAAAUGUUCAAGCCGGUACCCGCAAUGCGUGUACUUGUGAAUCAGCCCCUCGAUGCCAGAAAAAGAGACACUGUCAAAAUUUUUAGGGGAGGAGUGGUCUCCAUGAUAGCUAAAAGGACCAGUGGUUUCUUCGAAGGGCGGCGACAUAGUAUACUCACCCAUGCAGAAGCAACAGGAAAAACGAGGGGGCAGUAUGAAGAGGCAAGCACUAUUAAUGGUGCAUCCUCUCCUUGUUCACCAGCCAACUCCUUCCGUUCUCUAUCUGCCACCAAUUUUGAUACCGACCGGCCGAUUUCUCAUACAAGCGGGCACCAGAGUGUCAACUCGACGGGCGAAGGUAGCACUCUUCCUGCCGUUCAGAUAUACCGUGCAACCAGAGGAAGGAUGUCGAACGGACCUACCCUUAUAUUCGGAAAACGAAUGUCGAAUCAGCGGCUGAACAAGGCAGCUAGUGUUGGAGAAGGCGCUGGACUUGAGCUGGACCGGUUAACCGACAAUGUCACGCCCAACCUGCGACCCUCUGUAGACAUUAGGAGUGACGCAAGCGAAGAGCCAAGCCAAUGUUCGCCGCAUACAUCUCAACCAGACGAACAAGGCAAUGACAUUAUUGAACAAAAGCGACCUCUUUCAAAGCAAUUUGGCUACAGUGUAGAUGCUGAAAACAGCUAUCCUAGAGCUCCUUCCUUCGACAAUCUGUCGUUCAAGGACCAGUCAACCCCACAUCAAUCACGUCGUCCAAGCAACAAACACCACAUUUGCAAUCAAAACUCGUCGGUAGAUUUUUCCAGAUCACCAGAAUACUAUGCGGCGGAGAGUAGUAGUAAGUUGUUGAAAGGCGAAAGCGCCGAGAGUAAACACUCGCUGGUCCAUAAAUCCUCCUUUGGUCUGCCCAGGCUGAAGGAGGAAGAUUUCACAGCCGAUGUACGCAAAUCUUUUGAAGAGUUAUCUCGACCCAUCUUACUCUACGACGUUCAAUCUGCCGGUAUUGACCUCCCUCCCAUACCGAGUUCCCUAACCAUAGCUCACCUCAACUUGUCACCCAUAACAGAGAAUAAAGAGGACAGUUUCUCUGAAACCUCCAUGAUUCUUUCCAGGUCAUGUGUGGAGGAUAUGCAUCUCGCUCUACAGCUUGCUGCCUCAUCCUCGAAUCAAAAUAUCGCGCAAGAGAUCACGGAACAUGUUGGGACCCUCCAAGAUUCUAAGGGGAGCUCUCUUGCGAGCCCGAUGGGCACUGAAGUGGAAGAUGCUGUGGAAGAGAUGGAAAGGAUGAUGGCAAUGGAUACUCCUACUCGGGAAGACUUUGUUGUUUCCCCGUCACUCUCGACUUCUACUGCUCCCAAUGGUAGACUGAGGAGUGCCAGCGACAUAUCAGUGUCUACUUCUGCAAGCAGCGCGAUAGCCGAUACUAAAUCUGUCAACUGCUACCUUGGCGGUUUAACGAAAGAUGGGCCGCCAAUUCCCACUAUCCCGGCCGCAUACCGGCAACCAUCCGACUUACCCACUGUCGUCUCUCACCCUCAUCCUCCUCCCUUGGCGAGGACUCCUUCUUCUACUACUUUUGGUUUAAGGGAGCAGACAGACCUCCGCCAUUUCUGCAUCUCGGAGCCUCAUCCCCCUGUUCAGCGAUUGCUUCCUAAACAAUCUUCCGACUCGACGUACUCCGCCUCCUCGAGGAUCGAGUCAGAAUUGAAUGACAGAGAACAGACCUUACCUCUAAAAAUACGAGAGUAUCAGCCAUCUAAGAUGGAGAUGAAAAUCGCAAAGCAGCUUGAUGAGCGUAAUCGGUGGAGGAGUAUCGAUGCGAAUAAUCGCGAAAGGAGAGCAGUGGUGGAGAAGCCUGCCAUAAGAUCGACGGUGCAGCAUAGCAAGGGUAGUACUCUCGAAUCAACAGUUCGUUCUAGUCCUCUGAAGCCUCUCCAAGUAAUCGCGGAGAAGCAGGCAAAUCGCACGAGUCUUACCAAUCCCAAACCGACUUCCAAGGCCGUCAAGGGAUUUAGUGUAUUAUUGCAAGAUGAACAAGGAGGGUCAAAAGUAUCAUUGGGUGGGAGAAGUGAAAAGCAAAAGGGGAAGGAGAAUGCAAAGGGAAGCAAGGCGUCAUCAUCAAGUUCGGCGACUGUUUGUAUGAAGGGGCUGAGGGCGUAGUUCAGUAACGUAUAAUGAAUAUAUUGGUCAUUCGAUUUACAUGUACA